CUGGUGAGACGAUUGAUCGCGGAAGGGGUCGACGUGAAUGAGGUGGACGGCGCGGGAUCGACGCCGAUCAUGUGCGCGGCGUACGAGGGGUGGUGCGAGGGCGUGGACGCGUUGGUCGAGCUCGGCGCCAAGGUGAACGCGAGCAAUAACGCCGGGGAUACCGCGUAUCAGUGGGCGGAGAACAUUCAAGACGAAGAGAUGAUGGAAAAGUUGAAGCAGCACGGCGCGGAUCCGAAU